AUGACGGAAGAUAAUUAUCUUGACGUUGUUGAAUUAAACGUUGGUGGUGUAACAUAUGCAACAACAUUAGGUACAUUACAACAAGCUGAACCUGAUUCACCACUUGCAACAAUAACAACAUUAAAUUCAUCUGAUAUUCGAGCAAUAUUUGGACGUGAUAGUAAAAAUCGUAUAUUUAUUGAUCGAGAUGGUGUUCUCUUUCGAUAUAUUUUGGAUUAUUUAAGAAAUAAAAGAUUAUCAUUACCAGAAAAUUUUGCUGAACGUGAUCGACUUAAAAAUGAAGCAGAUUAUUAUCGAUUAAAUGGAAUGAUUCAAGCAUUAGGACAAAUACGUUUAUAUACAAGUUCAAAUGGAAAAUCUUCGAAUGAUAAUAUAACUCCUCGAGCAACAGGAGUAAAUUCUAUUGAUUUAAAUUCAUCGUUAAUGAGUUCACGAGUACCAGCUCCACGUUCUAAUACUGGAUAUAUUGUUGUUGGUUAUCGUGGUACAUUUGCUUUUGGUCGAGAUGGCUUAGCUGAUGUUAAAUUUCGUAAAAUUUCUCGUAUACUUGUUUGUGGUCGUGUACAUCUUUGUCGUGAAGUAUUUGGCGAAACAUUAAAUGAAUCCCGAGAUCCUGAUCAUGGUCAAACUGAUCGAUAUACAUCACGAUUUUUUCUUAAACAUACAUUUCUUGAACAAGCAUUUGAUAUGCUUGGUGAAGCUUCAUUUUUUAUGGUUGGUUGUGCAGCAAGUGGUUGCAGUAAUUCAACUAGUGAAAUAGGAAAACAAACUGAUAAUGAAGAAAAUCGUUGGUUACAUUACAAUGAAUUUGUCUUUUAUCGCAGUUAA